AUGUGGCAAUUACUCCCAUCAAUAUCAUUUAAUUUAUCUUCAACAAAAUCUACACUUGAAAUCAAUCCAUUACGUUCAGUAUCACGUGAAAAUAUUUUACAACCAAAUUGUCGAUGGGCUUCGAAUGGUUUUCCAAAUCAAGCACUCGAUCCAAUACCUUAUGGUCUUCUCAUAUGGUUUGGUUUAUUUUGUGGUAUUGUAAUAAUCAAUCGUCUUAGUAUAGUAACAAAUCGAUGGUGGGUAUCAGUAGGUUUUCUUGCUUCUGGUUUGUUAUAUUUCAGUCGUGGAAAUGUUUCAUUUAUGGGUGGUUUUGCUCUAAGUAUAUUUAUUGAAUCAAUACUUCCAUUAUUAUUUGAUAAAAUAGCUCGUGGUCUUUCAGCACAUAUUGUUUUUAUUGCUACUUUUGCAUAUAUUAUUCAAGUUAUUUAUGCUGUUUAG